GCUCAGGACAAUGAAAUUCUUCAGUUACAUUCUGGUUUAUCGCCGAUUUCUCCUCGUGGUUUUCACUGUGUUGGUUUUACUGCCUCUACCCAUCGUCCUCCACAACAAGGAAGCAGAAUGUGCCUACACACUCUUUGUGGUCGCCACAUUUUGGCUCACAGAAGCAUUGCCUCUGUCGGUAACAGCUUUGCUACCUAGUUUAAUGUUACCCAUGUUUGGGAUCAUGCCUUCUAAGAAGGUGGCAUCUGCUUAUUUCAAGGAUUUUCACUUACUGCUAAUUGGAGUUAUCUGUUUAGCAACAUCCAUAGAAAAAUGGAAUUUGCACAAGAGAAUUGCUCUGAAAAUGGUGAUGAUGGUUGGUGUAAAUCCUGCAUGGCUGACGCUGGGGUUCAUGAGCAGCACUGCCUUUUUGUCUAUGUGGCUCAGCAACACCUCCACGGCUGCCAUGGUGAUGCCCAUUGCAGAGGCUGUAGCGCAGCAGAUCAUCAAUGCAGAAGCGGAAGUCGAGGCCACUCAAAUGACUUACUUCAACGGAUCAACCAACCACGGACUAGAAAUUGAUGAAAGUGUUAAUGGACAUGAAAUAAAUGAGAGGAAAGAGAAAACAAAACCAGUUCCAGGAUACAAUAAUGAUACAGGGAAAAUUUCAAGCAAGGUGGAGUUGGAAAAGACCUCAGGCAUGGGAACCAAAUACCGAACAAAGAAGGGCCACAUGACAUGUAAACUUAUGUGUUUGUGCAUUGCCUACUCUUCUACCAUUGGUGGACUGACAACAAUCACUGGUACCUCCACCAACUUGAUCUUUGCAGAGUAUUUCAAUACACGCUAUCCUGACUGUCGUUGCCUCAACUUUGGAUCAUGGUUUACGUUUUCCUUCCCGGCUGCUCUUAUCAUUCUACUCUUAUCCUGGAUCUGGCUUCAGUGGUUUUUCCUAGGAUUCAAUUUUAAGGAGACGUUCAAAUGUGGCAAAACCAAAAUAGUCCAACAAAAAGCUUGUGCUGAGGUGAUUAAGCAAGAAUACCAAAAACUUGGGCCAAUAAGGUAUCAAGAAAUUGUGACCUUGGUCCUCUUCAUUAUAAUGGCUCUGCUAUGGUUUAGUCGAGAUCCUGGAUUUGUUCCUGGUUGGUCUGCACUUUUUUCAGAGUACCCUGGUUUUGCUACAGAUUCAACUGUUGCUUUACUUAUAGGGCUGCUAUUCUUUCUUAUCCCAGCUAAGAGACUGACUGAAACUACACCUACAGGAGAAAUUGUUGCUUUUGAUUACUCUCCACUGAUUACUUGGAAAGAAUUCCAGUCAUUCAUGCCCUGGGACAUAGCCAUUCUUGUUGGUGGAGGGUUUGCCCUGGCAGAUGGUUGUGAGGAGUCUGGAUUAUCUAAGUGGAUAGGAAAUAAAUUAUCUCCUCUGGGUUCAUUACCAAUAUGGCUAAUAAUUCUGAUAUCUUCUUUGAUGGUCACAUCUUUAACUGAGGUAGCCAGCAAUCCAGCUACCAUUACAGUUGUUCUCCCAAUAUUAUCUCCAUUGGCUGAAGCCAUUCAUGUGAACCCUCUUUAUAUUCUGAUACCUUCUACUCUGUGUACUUCGUUUGCAUUCCUCCUACCAGUAGCAAAUCCACCCAAUGCUAUUGUCUUUUCAUAUGGUCAUCUGAAAGUCAUUGACAUGGUUAAAGCUGGACUUGGUGUCAACAUUGUUGGUGUUGCUGUGGUUAUGCUUGGCAUAUGUACCUGGAUUGUACCCAUGUUUGACCUCUACACUUACCCUUCGUGGGCUCCUGCUAUGAGUAAUGAGACCAUGCCAUAAUAAGCACAAAAGUUCUGACUAUCUUGUGGUAAUUUCUGGAAGGCAUUAAUAAUUGACUGUAAAAUGUGGCUCUAAAUAACUAAUGACACACAUUUAAAUCAGUUAUGGUGUAGCUGCUGCAAUUCCCGUGAAUACCUGAAACCUGCUGUUAUAACUCAGAGUCCAUAUUUGUUAUUGUGGUGCAACUAAAGAGGAUCUAUGUGCCUUCAUCAAGAAGCCCAUGUUUGAGAUUUUGCUCAUGAACCAUCUGCAACUUGCUUCAUCAUAAGAAUAAUUUAUAACUUGACCUUCAAAGAGAUUACAGCAUUUGUUUCAUCUUACAGUUGGAGUUCAAUGUAACAUUUUAAAUGCAAUUUAUUAUUUCAGAAAUUUCCCAUGAAACUAAAAAUAGAAAAUAAGAUAAACAAGUUAAUUCGGUAAUUGGAUAAAUCAUUUCUGCAGUGUUGUUCCAGAGAAUUUGCUGAGAAAUCAAAGCCAUGGUCAUCUGGUGAUGAAGAGAAAAGUUUAAUCUAAAUGCAUUUCCUCAUUUAAAAAAUCCAAUUGGAUUAUUCUUAAUAUAUACAUGUAAUAUGAAAAUUGAGAUUGAAGCACUAAUUCCAAAAUUAUGGCUGAAUAUACUAAAUAACAGAAAACUUAUAGAUAACAAUUUAUUUCUACUGAACUCUAUAGUUAGAGUAAUAUAAUUCAUAUUUUUAUGAUAUUGGCACACUGAGAAAUUCAUUUUGUAGAGCUAUGGAUAAGGCUUGCUAUGAUUUGCACUAUUAGUACAGUAUAGUUAGAAAGGAAAGCUGAACACUAUAAAACUAUUAACAUAUUUUCGUAUAUGAGUAACAACUUUGCUUAAGUGUUUAUCUUAGUUCAGAAAUACAUAAUGUCAUAUGUUAAAAAUAAAGAGAUGUAGAAAUCUAAAUGAAUUAUCACUGUGUAUACAGACAGAAAAAUCACAUAACUCUAGUACGUAAACAUUGCAAUGAAAAAAGGAAAAAAAGAAUAAGAAUGAAAACUGCUGACAUGUUACAAAAGAGAAAAAUAAAUGAUUUAAAAUUAAAUCAGAAAGAAAAAAACUAAACAUUUAAACAAAAGUAGGAUAAGAAUAGUCUUCUAGAAUUAAGGAUGUGAAAAAGAAUGGGUUUCCAAUUACCCUGAUGUGACCAUUACACACUGUAUACUACAGGUAACAAAAUAUCACAUACACCCCCAAAAUAUGUACAAAUAUUAUAUAUCAAUAAAUAAAUUUUUAAAGAGUAAGUGCUAUUGGCAUUCCAAAAUUCAGCAAAGGAAAAAUGAUCAAAAACAAAGUAAGGUGCACAGUUAGCAAAAGAUGCAGAUGUUAUAUCAUAGCAAUUCUCAUGCUAAAAAUACAACAAAAGACAAAGCAAAAAAUAAACCUUUGCUAUUUUUAAUCUUCGUUGGCACUUUUGAGAUGUUACUGACCUUGUCAUUUUUUAUUCAAAUAAGAUUAUUUACAAACUUAUUCUUGAAACUAAAUAUAGUAAAGAGGGUUUUAAAAAUAAUAUUUAACAUACAAAUUAUUAAUUGGCCAUGUUCAUUAUUUAUCUAUGUUUAUUAAUGGGCCAAUGCAAAAAAUUAAUCAUUUUUUCAAAGAAAAAUUGGUCCAUGUAAAGCUUAAAUUAUAAUAUUGCUGCUUUGUAUAACUCUUCUAUGUUUAUUCUAUUCACUUGUUCCUUUCCCUAUCAUAUUUUACACAUGUAUUUAUAAUCUGUAGUAUUUAUUACAUUUCUGCUUUUUUCUAGUCAUUCAAUUUAUCACUGCUGAAUUGCAUCAGAUCAUGGAUGCAUUUUUAUU